AUGGCCGAGGAAGUUAAGAAAGGCACAGUCGACGAAGACGGCGUUACUGAAGAAGAAACGGCUUUCGAGACCGGUAUUCGUGAAAGUCAACGAGAAAGAAUACCUACCCUCAAGGGAGAAGAAUACCAACGUCAGCUAUUACAACGAGACUAUUCAAUUGCAUCCAGAGCAUGGCGAAAACAAGCGAAUAUAGCAGAAGCCGUUCUGGCAGAUUCAGCCGAUGUGUUUGUGUUACAACGUGAAAGAUCGAUACUAUCAGGGCGUAUGGAUGAUUUGGCGAACACGCAAAUAAAAUUUGGUGGCUUAGUUAGCCAGGAACAAUCGACUACAUACGAACAAUGGUGUCGCAUACAUCAAAAUAUCUUAAGUGAUUUGAAUACAAGAAUUUCAAAGCUAAUGGACGAUCGAAGCUCUGCAAUUUCUAAACGCUCGCAUCGAAGCAAAACAUCUGGAAAAUCGACAUCGACUAAGACAUCGAAUUCUUCGCUGCGUCGGAGGUCGGAAAUGUUAGCUAAGAAAGCUAGACUUGAAACUGAGCUAAAAUUUCAUGACGCUGAAAUAAAAAAGAUGGCUGACUUAAAAAGGCAAGAAGAUGAACUAAAACAUUUCCGAAUUGCGAAGGAGCUAGCUGCUACCGAUGCCGAAAUCGAGGCAGUUGCUAAAGUUGAGUCAAAUUACAGCAUUGAGUUGAACCUCGAGAACAUAUCGAAGUUGCCAGAUGACGACAACUCCGGAGAACGAGUAAAGCAGUAUCUGGAAUCUCAGCAUACCAUCAACAAUAAGGGCCUAAGCACACUUCCAGUUGACAUAGAUGUCUGUGGAUCCAUAGUCAGCAAAACUCUAGCUACAGGCAUAAAUUCAAAAGAUCAAGUGACACCUGGCAACGAUUUAAAUCCUUUAUCUCAUCCCCUCCCAACGACACAUCCGAGCUUUAUACUACCAACUCCUCCGCUAGCUGUAUCGCAAGGAGAAAUGUCAAAAGAAUCACUCCCCGUUUCUACGAUCAGGAGAGAUACGUCGCUUCACGUCUCUGCCGGGUACAAUGCAAAUGCAAAUGCCAAUGGAGAUUCAUUAACAAGACUGGCGGACCUGCUCGCACAACGACAAGAUUACGAUUCACUCCCACCUCCUCAGCCCGAUGUCUUCAGUGGUGAUCUACUUCAAUAUCCAAUUUGGAUCAAGGCCUUCGAGACUUUAAUCGAAAGAAAAACGAAUCAACCAUCCGAAAGACUUUAUUAUCUCGGAAAGUAUACAUCUGGGGAAGCGAAAGAAGCAGUAAGCGGUCUCUUACCCUUGGACACAGAAACAGCCUACGCGAAAGCCAAGAAAAUCCCAGCGAACAGGUUUGGUAAUUCCUUCCUCGCUUCGAAUGCGUAUCGGAAGAAACUGGAGAAUUGGCCAAAGAUUGCGCCGAAUGAUGGUCCAGGUCUCAGAAGAUAUUCAGAUUUUCUCCAACACUGCUGUACCGCGAUAGACAAAAUAAACUGCCUGAACGUCUUGGAUGAUCCGGAAGAAAAUCGAAAGAUGCUAAGUAAACUCCCGAACUAUCUUGUGAACAGAUGGGGGCGUAUUAUAGACGAUCAAAUUGGAGAAGACGUUAACGAUCGAAGUGAUGACGAAGAUGAACUUGGAAUGCCACAAAAGACCGAGGGAAGAAACUAUCCUUCAUUCAAGGAAUUCUCCCGGUUUCUGAAGAAAGAAGCCCGGAUUGCAUGUAACCCUGUGAUCUCUCAAUGCUUUCUCAAAGGAGAAUCAAAGAAGAAAGAAGUGAAAGAGUCGAAUUAUAAACAAUCCCGUUAUAGAAAUGUUGGUGUCAACAGUUUCGUGUCGCAAACAGACGAUUUCUCUCCUACUCUUGAAGAAAGUCGAAUGAAGUCAAGGAAUGACGUAAAGAAACUAAUUUGCAUAUUCUGCAAAGAGAUGCAUGAAAUAGACGUCUGUGAGAAAUUUCUUAAACUUCCUAUGGAUGGUAAAAGAGAAUUUAUCAUCGCGAAACGUUUGUGUUGGGGAUGCUUGAAAUGGGGCCACCUGAACAGUAACUGUCGCGUAAGAAAGAUAUGCAAGGUUUGCAGUGAAGCAUACCCAACUUCUCUUCACGGAGAUAAUCGGAAAUCAAGAUCGAAAUUGGCUACGAAAUCGAAAGACGAUUCUUCGAAAUCGAAAGACGAUUCUUCGAAACCAAGACAAGAACUGAAUAAAGUCAAAGACAGUUCGAAUGAAGAUACAACUAUUUCCAAUUGCAUUGAAGUUUGUAAAACGAACACGUACAGUGGGCCAAUCUCACAUUCCCUCAUUGUUCCUGUUUGGCUGCAUCAUAAAACCAACCCGAAUCACAAAAUCAUGGUAUACGCGCUUUUGGAUGAACAGUCAGAUGCGUGCUUCGUUAAGGACUCUGUCGUGGAUGAAGUAGGAGUCAAUGGUCCUGAAUCAACUCGAGAUUUCAACAGUAUUGGCACGAGAAACCGUAAACAAUCGAAAGAUCGCUGGUUUAACAGUUCGUGGUGUUAA